UCGUAGUCUAGAGUCUAGACCUUCGUGUCCGUUUUGCAGUUUGGAGGCCAAUCUUUGAAAUUUGGUUCUGAACUACUCGGGAUCGCGAAGCGGUGAUUAAGAUGCAGGCAUCAAGGGCAAGGCUUUUUAAAGAAUACAAGGAGGUGCAGCGAGAAAAAACAGUUGAUUCUGAUAUUCAGCUAGUAUGUGAUGAUUCCAACAUAUUCAAGUGGACAGCUCUUAUCAAGGGACCACCAGAAACUCCUUAUGAGGGUGGUGUCUUUCAGCUUGUGUUUGCUGUUCCUGAGCAAUACCCUUUGCAACCCCCUCAAGUGCGUUUUUUGACAAAAAUAUUUCAUCCAAAUGUUCAUUUUAAGACUGGAGAGAUUUGCCUUGAUAUCUUAAAGAAUGCAUGGAGCCCUGCUUGGACACUCCAAUCUGUUUGUCGGGCUAUAAUUGCUUUGAUGGCCCAUCCAGAACCUGAUAGUCCACUCAAUUGUGAUUCAGGGAAUCUUUUACGUUCUGGUGAUCUCAGGGGAUAUGAGUCUAUGGCAAGGAUGUAUACUAGGCUUGCAGCCAUGCCAAAAAAAGGGUAAUAAGUGACAUGUAAUAUUCUCAUGCCAUGAGUUCUGUCAGUAUGAGUCCAGGUGAAUAUUUCUUAUGUAUCCUUAAUGGAUUUGGAUAUUUUCU